AUGCAUUUCACCAAGACCCUUGUUUCUCUCUUUGCCCUUGGCUCUUUUGCCUCGGCCUCCUCCUCCGAGGCCGAUGAGUCUGUAGGGCUCGCCGCCCGCGAGGCUGAGUUCCUCCAAGCCCGCGCCGAAUACAUCGAGGCUCGCGACAACUACAUCAUAGAGAAGCGUGGCAGCGUUCCCUCUAAGCCAAAGAAGUACAAGGCAAGUCAAGCAAUUUCAGUGUAA